UAUGGGUUGUUCGUCGACUAAGCAACCUAGUCCGAAUUCCUCUUCUAAUAGUAAUUUAAUAGAGGAAAAGGUUGAAGAUGCGAUAUCGGAUAAGCAAGUUGAUGAACCAAAAAGAGUAAGAAAGAAAUGGAAGCAAUCAACCGUGAGUAGCGUCUAUUCGAAUAGAGGUGAAAUCAAGUUUUUAAGAAAAACUGCUACCGUUCAUCAAAAGCAAAAAACGCCUCAUCAUCCUCCAGAAACUUGCGAAAAAGUUGAAAGAUUUAGGGUCUCCUACAACAAUGACAGCCCUUAUGCUCAACAUCUAAAAAAGAAAAGAUAA